AUGGGGCUCGGAGUGAAGUUUUUAGCGGCCUCAGUGGUCCUAUCAUGUGCGAUGGUUGUGGAUAGCAGUGUUGUUAGUUCUAUUAAUCGGCUAGAACUUGGACGUAUACAAUCGAGGCUAACGAAUUCCAAAUCACAAUUAAGAAAGUCAUCUUCUACCGUUGAAUCGCCUAUUCCAGGAUUAGGACAUUCGGUUCCAAGCUUAGCGAGUAUUUUUAAAAAUGCACACCCCGGGAAUGUUGAAGAAAAUUUAAUAGCUGAUGUUCCGACAGCCGAGUUGAAUGUUUUUGGUGGAACCCCUCUCGUUAAAAGUAACCUGAGAGACAUAACGUCACUUACCGUGAAACCCUCUGCACCCAUUCAACAAACAUUUGCAGAAACCACCGUUCGAUUGCUGUCAACGAUAAAACCGGAUUAUUCGCCAAUCAAUAGUCAAAUAAGUGAGACUAAACAAGCAAAUGUCGCUAACAAACCAUUUUCCAACAUUAACCUGAGCAGCAGUGGAGGUGAUUUAGUUAUUCCAACGCCCCCUCCAGCUUUAGAAGCAAUUAUCUCGUUCAUAAAAUUUACUACAAGUACACUUGGUUCAACAUCAACUACAACCGAAGUGACAACUCAUUCCGAUCCAUCCACAACAACAAUCAUCCAUACCACACCUGGCACGACUGCAACUGAACAAACUACUUCAUCAAGCUCAACCGACUCGACAACGACCGAGCAAGCAACAUCACCGACUACUGAAACUACUCCUAUGUCAUCGACACCUGAUGCUUCUUCUUCUACCGAGCAAACGACCACUACGACAACUGAACAAGCGACCUCCACAACAGCUGAAACUUCAUCGACUGCCGAAGAAGUGACCUCUAUAACAACUCUGAUUUCCUCGACUACAGAAGACGCGAUUUUAACAACACCUGGAACUUCAACGCCUACCGAAGACGUGAGCUCUACAACAACUACGAUUUCCUCGACUACAGAAGACACGAUUUCCACAACAGCUGGAACUUCAACGACUACCGAAGAAUUCACAACAGCUGUAACUUCAACGACUACUGAAGAAGCGACAUCCACGACAGCUGAAUCUUCGUCGACGGAUUCAAGUUCUACUCUCCUGGAUAGCACGCCUACUACGGAGGUGACUUCAACUACUGCACCAGAGGAAAGCACUUCUACAGCCGCGCAAUCCUCUUUAAAUACUGAAGAAUCAACUACUUCCACCACCUCGAGUUCGGCAGAAGAAACUACUGCAACAACUAUGUAUACAGCAGAUGUAACCGCAUCUAGCACGAUCACUACAACAGAAGAGCCUACAACUACUUCUGCUGCAGUCAGUAACUCCAUCUCCGGUGGAUCUAGCUCGCUAUCAAAUCAGACAAAUGCGAUUAUCCUUAUAUCCAAUUUGCUUCCAAGUAACGCAUCCGAUGGCAACCAGCUUAGCACUCUUGGAGCUUUGAUAAGUCCCGGUAUAGCCAAUGAUAAUCCCUUUAAUUCAGCCGUUGGCCAAAUUCAAACCACUGGAACUCAGCUGUUGAACGGAAACAACGCUACGAAUCUUUUCGGAGCAGCAGCAGGUGGUAUUCAGGGUAUUGCCAACCAGUUCACCAAUAUUUCCGCUGUAACUGUGCCUACGCUGGGCGAUGUCCCCGUUGGUAGCUCACAGGAUACAGGUUUUAUAGGAACAAUUCAGCAAAUUGGAUCAUUAAUUGGAAACCCUCUCGGAAGUAGCAACACCAGCAACCACUCUGCAUCAGCGGGAUCGGGAGGAAUAUUGUCGCAGUUUCAGACUGUUGGGUCUCAGAUAUCCGGGGGAGUGACGAAUGCGUCAAGUGCAUUCGUUGGAUCAAGUAACAGUGCAGAUAACAAUAGUACAAACGUAGAUGGAGUUAGCUCUCAGAUACAGACUAUAGGGUCCCAAGUAGCAGGAGGGUUUUCAAACGUUACCGGAGGCUUUCUAAAUCUAACCAAUCAAUUCACUAAUGUGACUGGUAUAACCAUUCCCAUACUGGGCGAUGUUCCUGUUAGCCCAGAGUUGCCGCCGGGAAUUUCCCAGGAUACGAGUAUUAUAGGGAACUUCCAGCAAUUGGGAUCACUGAUUACCAAUCCAUUCGGAGGUAACAAAACUAACAGUAGCUCUGUAUCCACGGGAUCAGGAGGACUAAUAUCGCAGUUUCAAACUGUAGGGUCGCAGAUUUCCGGAGGUGUAACUAAUGUCUCAAGCGCAUUCAUUGGAUCAGGUAGCAGUGUAGAUAACAAUAGUACAAACGUAGAUGGAGUUAGCUCUCAGAUAUCGACUAUAGGAUCCCAAACAGCAGGAGGCUUUUCAAACGUUACAGGUGGUUUUCAGAACAUAACCAAUCAAUUCACUGGUAUAUCUAUUCCCGUACUGGGUGACGUACCCGCUAAUCCCGAGUUACCGCCGGGAACUUCACAGGACUCGAGUAUUUUAGGGAACUUCCAGCAACUGGGAUCACUGAUUACCAAUCCUUUUGGAACUAAUAACACAAACAAUAGCUCCGGCUCUACGGAAUCCGGAGGAAUAUUAUCGCAGUUUCAAGCUGUUGGUUCUCAGAUUUUCACAGGCUUAACAAAUAUUUCAAACACAUUCGUUGGUUCGAGUAACAGUACUGAUAAGAACAGCACAAACGUAAACGGAGUUAGCUCUCAGAUACAGACUAUAGGAUCUCAAAUAGCUGGCAGCUUGUCAAAUGUUACCGGAGGUUUUCAGAACAUAACCAAUCAAUUUACUAAUGUGUCUGGUGUAACUAUUCCAAUACUGGGUGACGUUCCCGUCAGUCCCGAGUUACCACCAGGAAUUCCUCAAGAUACGAGUAUUAUAGGUAACCUCCAGCAACUGGGAUCCUCAAUUACCAAUCCAUUCACAGGUAGUACCACUAAUGAAAGCUCUGGAGCUACGGGAUCAGGAGGAAUACUGUCACAGUUUCAGACUGUAGGAUCGCAGAUUUCCGGAGGAAUAUCGAAUACUUCAAGUACAUUAAUCGGAUCAAAUAACAGUACUGAUAAAAACAGUACAAAUACAAAUGGAGUAAGCUCUCAGAUACAGACUAUUGGAUCCGAAAUAGCGGGUGGCUUUUCAAACGUUACAGGUGAUUUUCAGAACAUAACCAAUCAAUUCGCUAGUGUUACCAUUCCCGUACUGGGUGACAUUCCGGCUAAUCCUGAGAUACUAACGGGAGUUUCGCAGGACUCGAGUAUUGCAGGGAAUUUCCAGCAACUGGGAUCACUGAUUACCAAUCCUUUUGGAAGUAAUAACACAAACAAUAGCUCCGGAUCCGCAGGAUCGGGAGGAAUAUUAUCGCAGUUUCAGAAUGUUGGGUCUCAGAUAUCCGCAAGCUUAACGAAUAUUUCAAACACAUUCGUCGGCUCAAGUAACGGUACUAAUAACAACGGUACGAACGUAGACGGAGUAAGCUCUCAGAUACAGACUAUAGGAUCCCAAAUAUCUGGCGGCUUUUCAAACGUUACUGGUGGUUUUCAGAACAUAACCAAUCAAUUUGCUGGUGUUACCAUUCCCGUAUUGGGAGACGUUCCCGUCAUCAACGAGUUACCGACGGGAACUUUACAGGAUCCCAGUAUUCCAGGAAGUUUCCAACAACUGGGAACACUUAUUACCAAUCCUUUUGGGAGCAGUAACGCAAACGGUAGUUCUGGAUCCGCGGAAUCGGGAGGAAUUCUAUCGCAGUUUCAGACUGUUGGGUCUCAGAUAUCCGCAAGUUUAACGAAUGUUUCAAGCGCAUUCAUCGGUUCAAGUAACAAUACUAAUAACAACAGUACGAACGUAGACGGAGUAAACUCUCAGAUACAGACUAUAGGAUCCCAAAUAGCUGCCGGCUUUUCAAACGUUACAGGUGGUCUUCAGAACAUAACUAAUCAAUUCACAAAUGUGUCUGGUGUUACCAUUCCCACACUAGGCGACGUUCCUGCUAGCAAUGAGAUACCGUCAGACAUUUCACAGGAUACGAGUAUUAUAGGGAACUUCCAGCAACUAGGAUCACUGGUAAGCAAUCCAUUCGCAAGUAGCAAUAGUAGCAAUAACUCUGGACCUACGGCAUCCGAAGGAAUAGUAUCGCAGUUUCAAACUGUAGGGUCCCAGAUUACCGGAGGGAUAACAAAUCUUUCAAACACUUUCAUCGGAUCAAGUAACAGUUCUAAUAACAACGCCACAAGCCCAUAUGGAAUCAAUUCACAGAUACAAACUGUUGGAUCCCAAAUUGUAGGUGGCUUCUCCAAUGCUUCAGGUGGUUUUCAAAACAUAACUAAUCAAUUCACUGGCGUUACUAUCCCUGUAUUUGGUGAUGCUCCCUCUGCCAAUGAGUUGCCGUCGGAAAUUUCGCAGGAUACGAGUAUUACAGGAAACUUACAGCAAUUGGGAUCACUCAUUACCAACCCUUUUGGACCUAGUAACACAAACAAUAGCUCAAAUUCCACAGGAUUAGGGGGCAUUUAUACACAGUUACAGAAUCUAGGAGGUGAAAUAUCAAGUGGGGUUUCGAAUACUUCAAGCGGGCUUCAAGGUAUAGCUAAUCAAUUCUCCAAUACAUCUGGUAUAACUAUUCCCCCACUUGGGGACGCUCCGGUUACAAAUAAUGCUACAUCAUCCCAGAAUCCCAGUUUGCUGGGAACUUUCCAGCAACUGGGAUCACUAAUUACCAAUAGAGGCAACAACACAAAUGACAGCUCUGCCAUAUCUUCCCAACUUCAAAACCUAAUUGGAUUCGUGAAUCCCCCAAGUUUAGUCGGCGUACUAAAUGACGCUAGUGAAAGCAACGGCAAUAACGGAAGCGGUACAACCUCGCUGAUCAACAAUCUAGCAUCGCAAUUUAUGGGGGGAUCACCAAAUAUUUCAAUUUUUUUCGCGGGACUCUCUAAUGGUCUGACCAGCAACAGUACAAACAAUGCAGCAAUAGUAUCGCAGCUACAAAAUCUGGGGUCACAACUCUUGGGCAAACCUUCAAACGGAACUAACGCUCAAAAUAUAACAAAUUUGGCCGGAGUCUCAAGCCAACUACAAUCACUCGUAGCCAAUCGUCCGUCCAACUUCACAAAUCCAAAUACCGGAAGUACUAGAAAGGAUGAUGCAGGUAUUCAAGAGUUAUUCCACCAACUCAAUACUUACACAGUAUCGCAAUCGACGAACCAACUUAUCGACACUCUGAACACAAACUCCGUAUCACAACAGCAGGACGAAGUAGUUGCUCAAGUACAACACAUUGCUCCUAGCAUAUCCAAUGAUGUAGGUAACUUUGCUAGUCAGAUACAGAACUUCGGUUCUCAACUGUUAUCUACAAACGGAGCUCUGAAUUGGAACACCCUCAACCAGAUUCCCGUGGUAGGUAACUGGUUCGGAUCGAACAACCGCCCUUCAGACGUCAAUGCAAGACCCACGCUGAGCUGUCCUGCUUGCGAACAAGUUUGCGGAACAAUGAACACAGCUGCUACACGUCGAUUACGAGUUAUCGGAGGAUCUGCCGUUGAGCCUCCCAAUAAAUACCCAUGGACCGCUCGCUUCAUAUAUUUCAACUCCGACGCCGGACAAGGAUCACUGAUCAAUGACCGGGUAAUCCUUACGACAGCUACCACCGUCAACAGCAUGCCUCUCUUCUCGCAAGCUUCAGUACUAUUCAAUGUUUACGAUCUUCAGUCUACUACAGAACAACGACACGUGCAAAAAAUUGCUAGAGUUGUCCCUCAUCCUCAGUUCGACCCGAACAAUCCAUACGACAACAAUAUUGGAAUAGUGAUCGUGGAUGGUCCGGUUCCUUUGUCCAAAACAUUUGUUCCAAUAUGUCUACCUACCUCGUUCGAUUCUUAUGGAGGAACGCAAGCUGUUGUCGCCGGUUGGGGUUCCAAUUCGCUAGGCGGUCAGCCAUCACCCAUCCCACAGGAAGUAACGAUCCCGCUAUAUUCGUACUAUGAAUGCAAGAUGACAAACGCCAAACUCACGAACAAUAACCUUUGCGGAGGAAUCGUCAAACCAGCCCCAGAGGGGUCUCUUGUAUCCACUUGUGAGGGCGAUGACGGAGCUGGACUGAUGGCCCCUUCCAGAAUCAACCACACCCAGAUGACACUGAUUGGUAUUACCGUUCAGGUUCCCUGUGAGGGCUGCGGAGAACCAAACCAACCCGCCGUAUUUACCAACGUACAGAACUACAUAGAUUUCAUUAUUUACUACGGCAUAGGAUGCGGAUGCUAGAAGAAAUUUCCUUUGGUUCGACAAUAAAAUUG